AUGGUCAGGCGCAUAUCAACUUAUAGACUAGUUCAAAGCUUCACAGCAGCAAUCUUCCUCACUCUAUUCUACUUUUCCAUCUCACCCAACUCUUCAAUCUCUCUCCCUAAAUAUGACCCGCUGGGCAGGCCAUACUGUGAACGCUCCCUUACCUUCGUUCUUUCUGAUCACUAUGACUUUUCCUUCCAGAUUCUCGGCCUCGUAAAUGCUAUGAUUUAUGCAGAAGACACUAGUCGUUCUUUCUUUCUUGCUGACAAGAAGUGGAAUUAUGGGCGAUGGAAUAGCUUCUUCAAAAGAUUGCAUAAACCAUCGUGUGUUCGACCUGAGCACCCCGACAUGUACGCGCAAUUUCCAAGUACACCGCUUGGUCCAGACGAAUUGAGAGAAACGGAAGCGAAAUUCAAGACAGCGUCACAUGUUGUUAUGGAUCAAUGGUCAUGGCAUCUAUUGGACAAACAUAUUGAGACUGUUUAUCAUAACGUGAGCCAUUCGCCCGGAAUAUCAGCAUACGAGAAUAUAUUCAAAGCACAAGAGCGAGUGCUACGUAAAAUAUGGCAUAUCAAUAAGGAGAUACGAGGGUUAAUUCAUCGAGAAUGCGACCUCGGUGAACUGCCUUAUGCCCGGUCAAAGACCACUAAGGAUAACUUCUACAUUGCGCUCCAAAUACAACGCGUCAACCAUAUUGGCAAAUACAUAGCGGCGGCCGAACGAGUCCUUGAAAGAAUACCUGAAAUCAGAGACGAAGUCACGGUAUUUGUUAAUGCGCACACCAACAGUUCGCACGCACGCAGGCGCUUAAUGAAACGACGUCCCGACUGGAAGGUCUUCGUUUCGUUUGAAAAUGAUUUCCAGUUUCGACUUGAUGAUACCGCUUCGAAGAAGAAUAAGCAACUAAUGGCAUAUGAUCUAGAGUCGAGAGUGGAUUUUGGCAUGGCACAUGUGACUGAUAUAACUCUCUUGGCAGAAGCAGAUCAUCUCGUGUGUACAUUUGGGACGCCCAUGUGUAGGCUUGUCGCAUUGUUGAAAGGGUUCAAGAAGUUGAGGUCUACCACCAGCAUUGAUAGAAAAUGGUUUCCCACGUUGUAUCCAUUGAAUGGCUAUAACGAAGUAUAUAACCCGCACAAAGCAUAUUGGAACAAACGACCUCGAUUAAGUGACGGGAAUGGCAAGAAAGGUGGUAGAAAGGGUGGUAAGAAGGGCAGCAGGAAGAAUGGCAAGUUUCGUGGAAGUUGA